GCAUAGCCUCGCAGAGACCUUCGUAGGCCCAGACCAUCUAUAGCAGCUGUGCACUUUUGCAGACUCGCCAUUUGAAAGACCGUAUUCGCCAUUGUAUUACGCGUCUUCACAGCAAAACCAUCUUGCACACAGCCCCACGUUAAAACAAACCAACAUGACCGACCAAGAAACCAAGUAUAUCGCUGUCCUCGGCGCAACAGGGAACCAAGGGGGUGGUGUUGUACGUGCACUUCUCGUAAAGACCGAGCCAUGUUUCCAUGUUCGUGCCAUCACUCGCGACGUUUCUUCCCCGGCGGCACAGAGGCUACAGGCGAAGUACAAAGACAGUGGUAGGCUCGAGCUGGUCGCUGCUGAUGUUUACGACAAAGAAUCUCUCAUCGAAGCGUUCAAAAAUGCCUAUGGGGUGUUUGCUCAGACGAAUAACCGAAUCCCCGGGAAGAAGAUCGAAACCGAGCAGGAUAUGGAUCAUGAACUGGUCGCUGGGAGGAAUAUUAUCGAUGCGGCGAAGGCUUGCAAUGUGCAGCACUUCGUAAUGAGCAGUUUGCCCAAUAUAACGAACGCGAGUAAAGGCCGCUUCACUAAGGUCUUCCAUUUCGACAACAAGCAUAAGAUUGAGCAGUGGGCCCGGGAUGAGCUGCCCGCCGUGACGGCUUUACAUCCUGGUCUGUUCUAUACAAACAUGCAAUGGUCCCAGUAUUGCCAGCGUCAAGACGAUGGGAUAGUUCGAUUUUGCGCCCCAAUAGACGGGAACAAACUUGCUGAUUGGGUUGAUCCGACUUACGAUAUCGGUGUAUAUGCUGCAGAGAUAUUCUGCCUAGGACCCGAGAAAACAGCAUCAAAAACGUAUCCCGUUGUUGGCCCAAAACUUUCAUUUGCUGACUUUCCGAGAGUGUUUAGAGAGAUCACUUCACAGGAAGCUAUCUUCGAUCCAAUAACACUAGAUGAAUGGGGCGCCACUGUGGCGGCAACUGCUGGCAAAGGAUAUGAAGAAGAUAUAAGACAGAUGAUGGAAUGGAUUUCUGUGGCUCCAGAUGACAAGAUCUGUUAUGGAACAAUGGAUCGGAGUGAGGAUAGAUCGUAUGAAGACCUUGGCGUUAAGGCCAGUACUUUGGCGGAUUGGAUGGGCAGAGCUGCAUGGCAAGGGCCACAGUAACUCAUCAACUACCUUGCAUGACGCGGAAUUCUUUCAUUGCUAUCGAGAGGAACUUGGCAUAACGGAGGUGGAUGCAUAUGCAGCUUCUCCCUGCCUCACCAAAACUAAACAAAAGCAUAAGAGUAGAUGAAUAUUUAAGUAGCCAUAAUUGGUAUUUAUGCUAAAAGGUGUUUGCUGGCACAAGGUCGACUGAAAGCCCAACUUGGACCAGUAGACACAGCAGCGGAGGGCUGAGCUCGCAUGAGAGCUGCAUAGAGUAAUAUCACAGAAAAGCCCAUUUGCAUGACAUGUGCAUGAUGUAGGUAAUAAUCUCAGAUUCUGCAUUC